CCCUCAAGCUCAAGGCCUCAACUGUGUCCGCUCUUUAUUUCAGUAACUUCAAUAUAACUUGAACUGCUUAACGAUUCGCUAACGUUUGUAUUACACCGCAACAUCCGUUAUCCUUCGGUAUGUACUUGAUCGUUGAAUAGGACACACGCGUGACGCGCACUCUUGACUCGGUUCUCAUUGUGCCAAAAGCAGUACUGAAUUGAAAAGCACCAAUUUCAUCAUGGCGCUUUCUCUUUCACUCGCCGACGCCCAAAGACUCAUUUCCGCUCAUGGACUUGACGCCGCCCAUUCUACUGUAAUAAAUGUUUCAGAGGUCGACAAUGAUGCAUUUAGUUAUACCAGGGAUAGAAGGGCGUACGUCGUAGAUCUUUCCAGCUCCAAGGAUGCGGCGCCAACGCAUUCGUGCUUUAUCUCCGUCUCUCUACCUUCGAGCUUGCCACUUUCACCAGAUUCAUAUCACCCGAAUUCCAUUCAGGUUAUCAGCAAGCUUAUCUCCCUGAUUCACAAACACACAUCUAUCCCCAUUGCAGAUCCGUCGCUGGAUACUUCCGAAGGAGGGCUCUGGUACCUUAUCACCCCAAUCCAUCCCUUCCCGUCGUCCGCGAUUAUCCCCUUAUCUCAUGCUCGAAACAAUGGUCUACUCACUGCUCAACAAUCUGUACUGAUUGACCUGACACUCGGAAAAUUCCUGGGUCAACUGCAUAGUGGUGUUAUGAAUGAGUGGUACGGGCCGCCCCUCCUGGGAGAACCACCAGACCCGUCAUACAGCUGGCAAGAGACGUUCACCUCGACUCUUGAGGCUCUCCUCGUCGAGAUGGAAUCCAAGUCGUACGAACUUCCUUUCGAAGACAUCCGGCGUUAUCUAUCUCGCGCCAUUGCCUUCUUCCUGUUUGAUGAUGUAGAAGUACCAUCGCUAGUGUGGUUUACAGGCUCGGAUGAUGAUAUCUACAUUAGUUUGAAUGGGGCAGAUGUUAGCAUCGCUGCAAUUCUUCCCAAUGUUGCGCACGCAAUCUGGGGCGAUCCGCUCUUGGAGUCAUUGUUCAUGUCCGGGAUGAACGAAGCGCUCUUGGAGGGUUACAAAGAUGGGGGUGGAGAGACCCUGGUCAUUUUUCGGCGGCAAAAGACGAAGCGGCUAUGGUAUACGUUAUUUUUGGCUUUGGUGGUGCUGACGGAGCGAAAUGGCACUGCGGGUCCAAGGGAACAAUGGGCUAAGGAAACCAUCAUGCAGUGCACGGAUAGUCUCAAGGAUGCUCCUUGUCAUUGAACAUACGUACCAGUGCAUUCAGUAUGCAUAUGUACAUAGCCUGCGGUAUCACCUCGAGUCAUGUCAAUUAUCGAUCGUCCCUGAUCAUCGCUGCCGCGUUGUCAGAAUUUCACGGUCGGAGUCAAGAU